UCCUUGGAGGGAAAUCAUUGAAAUCGAAGUUAAUUUUACUUCUAGCUGCUUGUUUAAAUUUCCGUGCAGCGAUGGAUAUUCUGAAGGCAGAAAUAGCACGGAAAAGAAAGCUACUGGAAGAGAAAAAACUGGUGGACGAUAAGAAAAAGUACUUCAAACGGGGUGAGCUGCUGGCACACGAGGAGCAGGAAUAUUUGGAGAAAAGUGGCUACAACAAUACCGAUCGGAUAGCGAGCAGUGGAACCGAUGCCAAGGACGGUGCGUCGUCUGUGGGCGAUGAUCCGAAGUAUGAUUUUCGUAAACUUCCGCGCUCGGAGGUGAUCCGGAAGUUGCGCGAACGCGGUGAACCGAUCCUGCUGUUCGGCGAAACGGAAGAGCAAUCCUGCAACCGGUUACGUCAGCUGGAAAUUUCUGCCCCCGAGGUGAACCGAGGUUUCCGGAACGAUUUCCAAGAAGCGAUGGAACAGGUCGACGAAGCAUAUCUCAAUGAGAUUCUCAGUUCGAACGGACAGACAUCGGGAUUGGGAAAGGCAAAGAACAGCAAUGAAGACUACGAUGUGGAUGAUAGCGUAACGUACGAUUCGAUUUUGGAAAUGGCCGUACGGUUGGGACGCAGCGGUAAGGAUCACGACUGUCUCGUGAUAAUGACGCUCAUCCAGUUUCUGCUGAAGAUGUGGAAUGAUCAGCUGAAUUCGGUAACGGCGGCCGAACGGAUGGCUACCAAGAACAAGAUCGCUCGGGCAACGUUCGAGCAGACGCGUCUUUACCUGCGGCCGUUGCUGCGGAAGCUGAAGAACAAAACGAUCCCAGAGGACAUUCUCGAUAGUUUGACGGACAUUACGAAGAGUUUGCUGAAGCGAGAUUACAUUCAUGCGAGCGAUGCGUACCUUACGAUGGCCAUCGGUAACGCACCGUGGCCGAUCGGUGUCACGAUGGUCGGUAUUCACGCGCGUACGGGGCGGGAGAAGAUUUUCUCCAAAAACGUAGCGCACGUCAUGAACGACGAAACGCAGCGCAAGUACAUUCAAGGGCUGAAGCGGUUAAUGACCAAGAUGCAGGACUACUUCCCGACCGAUCCAUCGCGCUGUGUGGAGUAUGUGAGCAAAAAAGAUCGUCAAGAUUAGGCGAUAAGAUGCCUCACAUUUUACGAUACAGUGUAGCGCAGUGUACAUAAAGACAAUUUAAAUCAUUUUUCAACUUCAUCUUAUCGCUUAUAUGUACUUUUCUUUCAAUAAAUUUUAAAUAAAUAGUUUAUAAGAAAGACUA